GCAGCCCUAGUCAUACAUGUUACAAGUUUGCCCCACAAAUAGUCGCCAACGAGUUCUCUUUGCUUAGUUCGCAUCGCGACACCGUGGUUUUCUGACGUGUUGUGUGUGAUCGGAUAUUAAAAACAAAAUCGAUAAAACAUGCUGAUAUUAACACUCUUCAUCGCUGCCAUAGCGUCGGUACACGGCCAGUGCUUGGACAAAGAUGUCUCUAAGGCGAAUCCAGAAUCCCGAAUCGAUUUAUAUAAGGGCCAGCUACACUUUACAUUGGACCUCUUUAACUCCAUAAACAAAGCUGUGCCAGAAGACAACAUAUUUUUCUCGCCGUUCUCCGUGUACCACGCAUUGCUAUUGGGAUAUAUCGCUUCCGGUGGAAGGACGGAACAGAAGCUAAAGCAGGCUUUGAAGAUAUCAGACUCUUUGGACAAGGUGAACCUCCUCACGGCAUACAGAGUAGACAAAAGGUCGCGAGCGAUGAACAAUAACAGUGACAGUUACGAGUUUACAAACGCAAACAGGAUGUUUGUGGACAGCGGCCUGAACGUCAGACAGUGUGUGCGCGACCUACUUUUGGAUGAAUUGCAGGCAUUGAACUUCCAUGAGAACCCAGUUGCAGCCCGGGAAGAGAUCAACGGCUGGGUUGAACGCGUUACAAAGAACAACAUCAAGGAUCUGAUACCCGCUGACGGUGUAACAGAGGCCACCAAGCUGGUGCUGGCGAAUGCUGCGUAUUUCAAGGGCGUGUGGGCGUCCAAGUUCCUGGUGAAAAGAACGAAGAAGCAGGUGUUUUUUGUCUCUGAAACCCGACAGACGUUGUGGCCUUUUAUGAGACAAAAAGGAAUAUUUCAUUACAUGGUAAACGACGACCUCGGAGCACAAAUCCUGGAACUUCCAUACAAGGGCAACGAUAUCAGCAUGUACAUACUUCUACCACCAUACUCCAUGAAGGAAGGAGUAUCGAAUAUAAUAGCCAAGUUGACACCGGAACGGCUAGCCGCAGUGGUGGAAGAAGGCUACAUGGGACGGGAGGUUGUCGUUGAAAUACCCAAAUUCACAAUUGAAAGGAGUCUGCCUCUACGGACGAUAUUGGAAAGUCUGGGUGCGGGCGAUCUUUUCAACGCAACAUCCGAUUUUUCAUCUCUCACUGAUGACCACGGAAUAUACUUCGACGAUGCCAUGCAUAAGGCCAAGAUCCAAGUCGACGAAGAAGGAACGGUAGCAGCAGCUGCAACAGCAUUGUUCGGAUUUCGUUCGUCUCGUCCCGCGGAACCCAGCGUCUUCAUAGCCAACUUCCCAUUCGUAUACAUUCUAUACGAGAAACCUACGAACUCGGUUCUCUUUAUGGGAGUCUUUAGGGACCCCAAGAAAUAAGUUUGACUGAAUAAA